CUUUCACUCUCUCUUUCUCACUUUCUCUCUUCCUAUGUAUUUAUCUAUCGAACUUGUCUAUGUGCCAAUAACUUCAAAGAAAGUUAAUAAAAAACACAGGGAGAGUUUAUGACCUCUUAUAAAAUAAAUAAACGAACGAUAAAUAGAUCGGAAAGAAUAGAUAUUAAAACUCAGGAAGAAAUUACGAGAAAAACAAAUAACACGGAGAAAGAAAGUGAUUAAAGAGAGAGGGGAACAAAGCGACAGUGUGAGGAACGAAGAGAGAGAGAUAUAUAUAUACAGCGUAAGACGAAGAGGGAAAGAAAGAUAUACAGAGAGCAUAAACUGGAGUGGGAGGAGAGGGAGGGAGAGGCUGACAAGAUCAUAGUGUCCGUCGGUCGUCCGUCACAACGAGUUCGGCCGUUAGGCCUGGGUAGACAUCGUUCUUAAGAAAUGCGGAAAAAGCUCUAGCUAUGUCUAUAGCUUCUAAUUCACAAACAGAGAAAUUAGACGAUGUGCCCCACUUAAGGCUGGAUUCUGAGUCAAGUCUAGAAAAUGCCUAUCAAAUAGGAGAGAAGAUUGGCCAGGGUAGUUUUGGCAAGGUUUACAAAGUCACCGACAAAAAAACUGGUGAGAGAUGGGCCAUGAAAUGCAUCAGUAAACAAAAGUCUGGCAGUGCACCGACACAGUUGUUUGAGAGGGAAGUGGCAAUAUUAAAGAGAGUGAGGCAUGAAAACAUUAUCAUGUUGAAGGAAGUUUUUGAAACGCACGAUAAAGUCUUUCUAAUUAUGGAAUACUGUAGCGGCGGAGAACUGGGCAAGCAACUGAGUGCUGCAGUGAAGUUUGAUGAAGCUAUUGUCAAGAACGUCAUGACUUCUCUAGUGAGUGCAAUAUCCUAUCUUCAUAAAUGUGGUGUAGUCCAUCGAGAUUUAAAACUCUCCAACAUUUUGCUUACCAUAGAACCAAAAAUUGAAGACAAAGCCUACUUCAUUAAGGUAACUGAUUUUGGUCUCUCUGUUGUUAAAGAAGGGGUUCGUCCAGAAAACAUGUUAAAUUCCUUUUGUGGCACAUUGAAUUACAUGGCACCAGAAAUUGCCGAAAAUAAAAACUACAGUCAGCAGUGUGAUGUCUGGGCCUUGGGUAUCAUUACAUAUCAGUUACUCUGCGGUUAUACACCCUUUUAUGCCAAUGAUGAGAAAGAAUUGAUUAAGAAAAUAAAAAUCGGGAAAAUUGUAUUUAAUUCACCUGAGUGGGACAAUGUCAGCAGUGAAGCCAAAGACUUCGUCAAAAAAUUAUUGCAUGUUGAUCCGAGUCAUCGUUUGACGGCAUUUGAGGCCUCACACCACCCUUGGCUUACGGGAAUCAAAGACGACACCCGUCAGUCAUCCAACGUUCUGGAAUUGAUGACGUACUGGCAAGAGGACCUGAAGAAGGACCACUUGAAGAAGAACUUCAACAGUGACAGCAGCCUUGGUUCCAAAGAUUCCGCUGGCUGGGAGGAAAACGAAACAGAGGACGUGAAAUCUAAUGGUUCCAAAGAUGGACAGAUCACGAGCACAGUGCUAAAGACAUCCCUCACCAAUUCACCACCAGAAUACCGACUCAGGAGAAUCUCAACCCAACCUAAACUCUCAGCUUUUGUGCAGGAUUCGGAAAGUUUUGGAUCGUCUUCUUCGGGCAGAAAGAUGUCAAAGAAGAAGGAUUAAACGCAACGCAAAAUUUCUAUUAUUAUAAUAUAAUUAUUAUUAUUAUUAUUAUUUUUGUUAUCGUUAUUAUUAUUAUAUUAUAU